AUGAUCUGGUAUGUAAUGUACGGUACUUUACAGAAGCAUUUAUGUAUUUAUGGUGAUUUUACUGAUUGAUUCUAUUAAAACCGAACAUUCAAGUUAUUAAACUUGAAUAGCAGUUGAUUAGUAUUAUCCAGACGAUUUGAAUCUGGAGCGAGUGUAUGAGUAAAUAUGUUUAACAAAUUCACAACCAUCCUACAACAAGCUGUGGAUGCCCUCGCACCGGAUGCUCCUCUUCAUGAAGAUUUUGUUUAUCAUUGGAAAUCUGUCACCAAUUUUUACAUAGAAAACACAGAUGACAAAACUCCCGUAACUGACAGCAACAUACCUUCGCAUCUCAAGCAAAUGUUGCAGAUUUUAGUUCAAGAGGAAAAUGAGCGUGAGGCGGGAGACACUGGGCCGUGCAUGGAGUAUUUAUUGCAGCACAAGAUAUUAGAGACACUUUACACACUUGGUAAAGCUGACUGUCCCCCAGGAAUGAAACAACAAGUUUUAAUAUUUUUCAAACACUUGCUUGGUAAAAUCCGUCAACCAUUAUUACCCCACAUAAACGUGCACAGGCCAGUAUCUCAUUUAGUUCGAGUGUGCGGUGAAGUACAGGCUGCUCCAACUGAAACUGAGGAAAUAUCGUUUCUAUGUACAGUUUGUGCGAGACUGAAACAUGAACCGCAUCUACUGCAUUUCUUUCUUAGAAACAAUGCCAAUGAUUCAUCGAACAACACUCAACACAUGAAAACAAAUCCAGCAUCUAAUGAACAAAAACAAAACGCGGAACCUGCUCACAGUCAACAGUUGAAAAGAGAAAGUUAUGAUCUGGUUGAUUCUUUGUUAAAUUUGUCAAGAUCGGAAGAUAGCAGGGUAGCUGUGAAAGCUUGUGAAGGUCUUUUACUUCUGGUUUCUAUGCCACACGAGGCAGCAGUGAGUGCUACAGUGAAAGACACAGCAUUGUGUCCGUUGCUUAAUUCAAGGUUAACAGGAUUAUUUACUUCACUUCCAACAUCACUUGAUCCAUCUGACAUAGAUUGUGUGAAUGCAAAGUGGGGACUUGACACACACAACUAUACAUACGGUGAUAUAAGGAAUUUUAAUGGAAAGAGGGCUCUUGUCUCAUUUUUAUCAUGGUUUGAUUAUUGUGACCAGUUGAUUAUUGAAGCAUAUCAGGGAUGCAGUGAUUACAUUGCCCAGUCAAUCGUAGAAAAUUUCUUUCAAAAGACACUCCUUGGUCCUCUCCUGCAGGCGGAUGAACGAGCUGCUCUCACAACUUCAUCUGUCCUCACUAAGUUGUUCACGAUGGUUCGAUCUCCGCCACUUAUGCGGGAAAUGAUCAAAUUUGUUGUUUUUAACGAUGAACAGGACGGUAGCAAGCACUUAUUACCCCGAUUAUUGGAACGAUGCGAUCAUUUCUCUGAUGAAAUAUCAGUGGUUACUUUAAGACUGUUUGAGGCUAUUAUUGGGAAGCGAGCACCUGAAGCACUUGAUUGGUUGGUUUUGAGAUUUUUAAAAGACAAGAGUUACCAUGCCAACAAUCCAGGAAAUAUUGUUGUACAAACUGAUUCCGACGAUUUAGAAUGGGAUUUAGAGCCAGGUUUAGAUGAAGGAACACCAACUACAAAGUCAAGACAACAUCGUUCUAACAGUGAUAUUGUGGCAGAUAAUGGAGUUGAAGCAAACAAUCCCAAAACACAAGUUCAACGUGCAGUUAAUUGUUUCCUCGCUUCUAUACCUGACUCAGCAAAAUCAACGCAAGUUAACGAUGAUGACUCAGGGUAUGAUGGUUACUUGCGUGAAGCUCAUCGGAUGUAUAAAGAUGUUUGUUUGAACUGCCGUGGUUUUAAUUGGCCAAAAUUAAGUGACAAUAAACUUGAACCAGCCGAACGUUGUGAAGCUGUUACUAAUUAUGAUGAAGGUCCCUUUCUUCGAAUGCUUCUGAACAAAUUGUCCAAGGUUUUAUCUCAACAAUAUUCAGUGAAUUUAGUUGUUACUUCAAUUGCAUCUCGAUUAUGUUUGAUGCCACACCCGCUCAUGCACGAACUAUUCAUCAACCCACUCACACAACUACGCCCUCAAGCGAGGUCGAUGUACACCGUUGUUCAGAUGGUGGUCGAACAAAUCCUGCAUCGGAUGAACCAUAUUCCAAACUUUAAGAAUCGAUUGAUCGUCGCGAGGAGGAAGUUGGCAGCAGGAGGAUAUAAUGAUGAAGAUCAUGUUGCUCCUCAUCAUCAGAAAGGUUCGCACAUGGCACCUCACAUUGGUGUGGCACAAGGUGUCGUCACCAACAAUGACAUUGACACUCAUAAAACUUUCCUUGAAGGAACAAUUGUACUAGAAGAGUUUUGUAAAGAAUUGGCUGCCAUUGCUUUUGUAAAGCAUCAUGCUGUAGCAGUGCAAGGCUUAUGAUGGUUUUACAUUAUAUAUUUAUCAGAUUUUAAAGUUUUAUGUUUUCUUGUUGACUCAAUUUAAGUGGUCUGGUUUCACUGGAGUGUUCUCACUGGACGUCUUGGUUAUGUAAUAUAAGCAUUCUAUGCUUAAUUGCAAUUGUCAUGGCGCCAAAUGAACAAUUUUAUCGCAAAUCAUGUUGAAUGUAUACAGUCAGUGGUCAUUAAGUUGACCACAAAGUGUGUGUGCAAUCAAUGUUUAUUUUAUUUACUGACCUGUAAUUACUUAGGACCAUGUAAGGUCAAAUAUUUCAUUAAAGUGACAAGAUCACUAACUACGGUGUAUAUGACUCUGCCAACUGCUUAGAUUUAUAUCAUAAGAUCGCUAUUUUGCUUUCAACUGGUGUAAGCUUAUUUAUAAAUAAAUAUUAUUCAAUGCGA